AACAAUACGAAUAAAUAGAACAAUUAACAUUCAAUUGUUUCAAACUGUUUAAGAAAAAAACAACUAUCCAAUACAUGUGCAAUAGACUAUACACAAUAUCAGCUCCUAUCAGUCUGUCAUUCAUUAAAUUUAAAACAGUGAUUAACGAUUAUAUAAUUUAUAAAGUAAUUCAUCAUGAAAGCUGAUCCAUCAUACAUAGAUCUUCUUUCACCAUGUCCUAUUUAUCCUAAUCCAAUGUUAGCAUUUAGUUCAAAUAUACAAAAUUCAGGAAAUUUAUUUUCAUCAGAUAUUUAUAAAGAUUUAAAACCAAUUAGUUGUAAUGGAGUUACCAUAACAACAACAGCAACACAACCACCCCCACCCCCACUACCUCCACUACCAUCCCUAACAACAACAACAACAAAUUGUACAUCAGUACUUGGUGAAAUAACAACAUCAUCGACAUAUACAUCAUGUUUUCCUACUGGCUACUAUUCGUCUUCUAAUUCCUCCUUAAUCUCAUCAGUAGAGAUAUCGGCAACACCGGUAACAUUCAAUAAUGAUACAUCAUCAAUAAUUAUGAUAAAAAUUUUUUAUUUAUUAGAAACUAUAUGUCGAUCGAAACAUUUAAUAUACGAAGAAAAAUUAAAAAUUCUUAUGAAUAUAGCUGAAUAUGUAAUAAAAUUUUAUGAAUAUUUAACAAAUUCAAGUAUCAAUGAUCCAGUUUCACAGGAUCAUGAAACUCCACUGAAUCUGACACAACCAAAACUAUUGAAUAAAGAGACAAAUAUCAAUGUAUCUCCUUUGUUUACAUCAUCUCAAACAUCAUCCUCAUCAUCAUCAUCAUCAUCUUCUUCGUCCAUCCUUUAUCAUUUCAAUCAACAGAAUUCCCCUGAUCAAUCAGUGAAACCUGAUAAACAAUCAAUUUCAUUAUCAACACCAAAUAAUAAUACUUCAACUAAUUUAGUAAUUCCAAUACCACAGCCUAUACCUUGGUUACAAAAAUCAGAUCAAUUAUCAAAUGGAUCAAAUAGCACUUCAAAUAAUAAUAAUAAUAGUAGUAGUAAUGUGACAUUUCCUGAAACGAAUUUAACUUCAUCAUUGAAUUGGUUAUCAACAUUAUCAGAUGGUAAAGAAUUACCAAAUUGGUUAUUAGAACAGAUUACACCAACUAAUGAAAAGAUGAAUAUCAAUUCAAUUUCACAAUCAAAUAAUGUAAUUACUGAAACAAUGUUAAAUUAUUUAAAAUUUUAUUAUUCAAGACUUUCAACAAAUGACAAUCCAUAUGAUCACCAUGAUCAUCAUCAUGAUCUUUAUCAUGAUCAUGAUCAUCAGCAUUUAUCCCAACAACAAAUUCAAUCACAAAUGGAACAUAUCAUUCAAAUGAAAAAAUUACUAAAAUUAUCUAAUCAUGAAUAUACUACUGAUAAUCAACUACUAAUAAAUAAUAAUAAUAAUAAUAAUAUUGAUUUUAUUGAUAAAACAUCUACUAUACAAAAAUCAAUUAAUCAAUUACAUGAAAUAAUUGAUCAAACUAAACUUAAAUUUAAUAAAGAAUCAAUAAUGCCGGCAACAGUAACCAUGCAAACAUCAUUAUCAGAAAAUAAUUUAACUAAUCAUAUUUCAUUCAACGGAUCAAUAGUUAAUCAGAAUGAUAAUCAUAAUAAUAACAACAAUCAUUCAAUGUCAUUUUUAAAUGCUUCUCUUCCAUCUUCAAUGUAUUUGUCGCCAUCAUCAUCAUCAUCAUCAUCCUCAUCAGCAGCAGCAACAGCGUCAGCAUCAGCAUCAGCGGCGGUAGCAGCAGCAGCAGCGGCAGCAACCGUAUUGGGACUUUCAUCGUCUUUGGAAUAUCCUUAUUCAAAUCAAGUUAAUACAAUCAAUCAUUCUUUUGAUAAUAAUAACAAUAAUAAUAGUAUUCUAUCAUUCAAUCAAAAAUUAAAGUCUAUUUCCGAAAUCAAUAAUGAUACUAAUAAUCAAUUCGGUUUUUCAUUACAAUCGAUUUAUCAUACUAAUGAUACUAAUGGUUAUAAUAUUGAUUUAUUUAGUAAUAAUAAUAAUCAUAGUAAUACUAUUAAUAGUAUUAAUAAUAACCCAGCAACUACCAUUGUCAUGGAUACCAAGUUGUCAAUUACACAAACACCAAUUACUAAUCUAUCAUCAUUGAUUACUACUACUAAUAAUAAUAAUAAUUCAAUAUUAAAUGAGAACAAUUCUAAUUUAUCAUUAUCUAAUGGAAUAACAUAUAAUCAAUCAAUAUUUUAUAAUCCUACCAUCAAUACUACUAAUAAUGAUAAUGAUAGUAGUAGUAGUAGUAGUGCUACUACUACAAGUACUACUAUUACUACUACUAGUAGUAGUGGUAGAAAUCCAAAAUAUAAUGAUCCAUAUACAUAUACAUUAACACAGAAUUCAAAUGAUUUAACUAAACAACAUAUUACAUCAUCCUUAUCAAAACUUACACCUUCCAAUUUAAUCAAUAAAUUAGAUCCUAUAAAUGUAAAUUUACAUUUAAUCAAUACUAUGAUCCCAUCAAAUGAUCCUAAUCAUCAUCAUCAUCAUCAGCAUCAUCAUGAUCAUGAUCAUGGAAUCAAUCAAAAUACGACUACUAAUGAUGAAGAUGAUAUCAUUAGUCAUAGUAAUAAUAGUAGUAUAAGUGAAAAUGAUCUCAUUUCUAAUAAAUCAUCUCUAUCUAUUAAUUAUGAUAAUAAUAAUAAUAAUAUAGAAAUGAUUAAAUAUGAAAGAAAUAAUCAAUAUCCAAUUAAUCAAUAUCAUCAUUAUAUGAAUCAAUCAAUAAAAAGAAAGAAAAAGUUAAAUUAUUCUAAUCAAAAUGAUGAAAUGAUAGAAGAGAAUGAAUCCAAUUAUGAAAUUUAUCAAAAAACUCAAUCGAUUCAAUCAUAUCAAACACAAAUUAAAUCACAACGUACAAUUAAAUCAAAUCCUAAUCAACAGAAUGAUAAAUCAUCUUCUCAUAUUAAACGACCAAUGAAUGCUUUCAUGAUAUGGGCAAGAGAUGAAAGAAGAAAAAUUUUAAAAGCAUGCCCUGAUAUGCAUAAUAGUAGUAUAUCUAAAUUUCUCGGAGCCAAAUGGAAAUCUAUGAGUGCCGAAGUGAAACAACCAUAUUAUGAAGAACAAGCUCGAUUAAGUCGUCAACAUAUGGAAGAACAUCCAGCUUAUCGUUAUAGACCACGUCCAAAGCGUACAUGUAUUGUUGAUGGUCGAAAAUUACGUAUAUCUGAAUAUAAAGAAUUAAUGCGUUCAAGAGGUGAUUCAUCACGUAGACAAUGGAUUGGUUCAACAGAUGAACAAGCUCAAAAAGUUGUAGAAGAUAUUUUAGAUAAUACACUAUCAUCUAUACCACAAUUAAGUCCAUCAUUAAGUCCAAUGAAUGAAUAUGAUAGAGAGUUAUUAUCUUCUAAUAAAAAUGAUAAUAUCAUUCAAACUAUACCAAUGAUCUAUUCAGAACAAUCUAUCAUGACGAAAAAUGAACAAAUUAAAGAAGAAGAAGAAGAAGAGAAAGAAAAAGAAGAAAAAGAAAAAGAAAAACAACAACAAAAGAUUAAAAAAGAAAAUGAUUCAAUACAAACCAAACAAAUAUUCAAUAAUAAAACGGAUUAUGUGCUCAUAACAGAAAAUAAAGAAGAAAAAGAAAGCGAAAAAGAAAAUAAAGAAAAAGAAAAACAAGAAGAAGAAGAAGAAAUCGAUAUAGAAGAAGAAUCAAUCAAAACGUGUAUAAUUGAAUUGGACACUGAUAAAGAUGAUAAUCAUAUGUGCCUUAAUAAUACAUCAAAUUCAUGAUCUCAUCAAUUGAUUCAUCAACACAGUCCCUGAAAUCGUACAAAAUAUAUUGAAUAACCUUCUUUUUUCUUUCUUCUUCUUCUGAAUACAAGAUGAUAUUACUUAUUAUUAUUAAAAAUGAAAAUUGAUUUUUUUUCGUUUCUCUCUUGCAAACAUAAACUUACGUUGAGAUUCUCAUUUAUGAACGAACCAAUCAGAGUGAAGAGAAUAGGUCUUCAAAUUUUCGGCGCGAAAUUCAUGGAUUCAUUUGGAUAAAAUAGAGUUUUGAUAUGAUAGCUGAUAUACUAUAGUUCAUGGUCCAAAACACUAAUUAUUAACUGUAAAUCAUAAUCUUUAUUCUUUAUAACAAGUUCAUGAUCUUCAUUUAAUUCUAGUGUGUUUAGGUGAGGUGAACAUUCUCAAGGUCAGUCUAAUGUCAUUUAAAGAGCAUUUAUAAAUUAUAAUCUCACUUAAAUUUCUUCAAAAUGAUUAUGUAAUCAAUUGAUUAGAAUGUGUCAUUGUUUCUAUAGUAACAUUCUAUUUCAUUCUUUCUCUCUCUCUAUAUAUAUAUGAUGGAUUGAAUUGUUUUAAAUCAUAAUUUCAAGAUAAGUUGAUCUGUUUUUCUUUUUUUUUAUUGUAAUAAAAAGCGUCCUUUCUUGUGUAAACUAGACAAUCAAACUAUCAAUUGAUUCACUAAUUCAAUUAUGUUUUUCAAUGUUGUACAUAGUUUUGUAUAGUUCAAGUUAUAUGCGUAUAAUGAAUAGGAAAAUAUUGUUGUAAAUUGACAUACUAUUACUGAUUAAUUAUUGACUUAUGAAAUUUAACUACUUAUUAAAUUUAUAGUAAUAUAAAUAUAUAAACAAAAGUUUGUUUAAUCAUUGAAUUGGUUAAGGUAUUCUUAUCAUUAUAAUUGGUUUCUUUUCUUGCAUUUACAUUUUAUACUUCUGUUUAUGUAUCUAUAUCUAUAUGCUUUUACAUUUUUAACCCAAUGAAACGUAUAUAAAUGUAUAUAUAUACAAAUAUAUAUUGUGGUGUUUGAAUGAACUCAUGAUUCCUUUGUACUUGUUGAAUGCUUGAUUUCGAAUUAUAAAUACAGUACAUUGGUUUGUGCUUAUCUAUCACUUCUUGAUCCGAUUACGUUAUUUCUGGGAUUCUUAGUUCAUACUAUAAUUCAAGUACUCCUAAUCAUCAUAAUAUAUAUAUCCAUCCAUAAUAUUAUAUUUGUUUAUAUGACUGUUCUGUAUGAUUAUGAUUAUGAUUGACACUUUAAAAGAGUUGAACUCUUAUGGAGCUUUAGUGAAUGAGAGCACACAAGUGGGGAUAAUCGAAUGUAUUUGAAUAUAAAAUUAUAGAAUUACUUAGUAAAAUCUGAAAAGCAUAUAGUAAAUACUUCAUUUGCAAAAUGUCUAUUAAUUGUCUCAGAUUUUGUUGUUUCUUCAUUUCCAUACCAAUUGCUUUCUGUUCUUGCUCUUUUUUUCUCGAUCUUCUGCUGACAGACAGACUAUUCCUGAUUAAGGUGUAGUGUGGAGUCGAGUCGAGAUUGACUAUGAACACCACUACAGGAAGACUACGUGCCAGUUAACCGAUAAAAUCCCCAGUAAGCCAAAUAUCAGAAGGCAGUUGAUGGCUGUAGUCGAAAUGUAUUUGUUGACGAUCUCGUGGUAUCGAAAGAACACCGAGAUCGUGCCAAGGGAGUACAAGUAUGACUACUGAGUGCGACCGAAUCCGUACAAGGACACAAUCUUGCGAAAAAUACGAUAACCAGAAGAUACGAUUUGAACCAUUUAAAAUCCGCUCUGAGAGUUGAAGGGUCUUCAUUCAGAACAAUUAUGACGCCUUAUGAUGAAAGUUAAGAUUAUUCGAGAGUUACAAGGCUGAUGUUCAUUCUAGGAAUCAGUGCAACAAAUAAUAUAAGUAAGUUGAAUGUCCGGAUAAUUUGAGAGACUGGGAGAACCGAUCAAACAACUGUGGAAAUAAGGAGAUACAACUUGCGGUGUUCUUAAUAAAUAAAAUUCAUUGGGUCCAAGCUGAAUAGGAAAAGGUAAAUUCGAGAAAGACACCAACGUACUCUGUUGAUGAUGAAAAAGUUGCUACACACGCACAAAGAGUUCCAUUGAUGCCAUCUAAAGGAGCACAAAAAGCACCUGUAGGAUGGGAAUGAGAUGGAUUCAGGACCAUCAAAGAAUUCUUUAAAACAAAGAAGAAGGGGAUUACAAUGAAUAUUAUUCAAAGUUACCACUCACCGAAGAUGAUAAUGAUCAGUUUUAUGAGGUGGUAAAGUCGGUCGUAUAGAAGUGCACGGGGAAGGGCCUGACGAUCCUGAUGGAAGGUUUAAUAGUCAAAGUCAAAGUGGACAACAACGGUUAUAAAGAUAUUACUGGACGACAUGUACCGCGUCCGAUUAUAGAAAAAAACACAGAAGAUAUGGCAGAAUGAAUUCGGUCAGCAUUCCACGUAUCACAUUAAGUAAACUUCGACUAAAACGUCCUACCCGAGCACGACGUUGAAACCCAUUUGAUGAAAGGUUCCAAGCGGAAACUUUAAUUUUAUUUUAGAUUAGGCCAUAAAUAUAGACGUGAGUUCAAUCAACAUCAUAUCAUAACAUCAACAUUACACUUUACGGGGAGAUUCAUGACAAAUCACUAAAAAAAGAGCUCACAUGUAAGGACGAUAAAGGUAAAUCCCACCUCGAACGACCUUUCAUCCAACGUGACCACGACUCCCUCAGUGGAUAGAUUUAAGGGUGGAUUCAACAACACGUGUUUUAUGGACUGGAACUGUUGUGUUGGCGUGAUUUGCACUCGCCAAAAUUUCAGUUUCCAGAUACAACAAAAUAUUAUUUAUCAUUCAAAGAACCUAUCUUGGGCCUAAUGUUCGAUAGGUUAUUCUUUCUUUGAGUUUUAUUUGAAUUAAUGUUGAACUAGGGUUUUUCCUCAGAUUGCCAUGAAGUGUUCGCAGCUUUUCACAAUAAAACCCUAUUUCUAGUACUUCUUGAGCAUGAAAGACACCAGUUUUUGUCCAUAUUAAUUACUUUUCUUCCCACUUGUGAACUUUCUAUCCUAUUUCUAUAUACAAUUUUACUAGCAGGUUUUACUUAACCGUGAUCACCAAAAACACAUGUAAGCGGCCAAGCUCCCGACUUUCUAUUAACUACAGUAUGCAAUGUGGGAAAGUCAAAGUAUGCAUAAUGAAAAAAGCAUAUAUCUCACCACAACUACUUGAAACAGAUUCAGUAAUUCAGAUUGAAACUGGUCGGGUGGAAAAUGUGAUACAAAUAUUGACGAGAUUUCGAGUAAUAUCAUUAAUUCUCCGGCAAGAAUACGCAAAAGCUGUCAAUCACUUUGAGAGAAACAGUCUCAAAAUGGAUAACUAACCGGAAAUGCACCAGGAGGUAAAACGAGGACCACCUUUACACAAGUAUUGGUGGACCAGGGGUUACCAUCAAUAAAUGUAUGCUGAAAUCAGCACUGCCAUAAAAUCAAGAAUCGCAUAUUCUCUCUGCGAAAUGGUGUCUCUAAGCCUCUUUAAACGUAAAUGUGGUCUCCAAAGUUUGCCAUUGUAGGGGACUGAGCUCCUGUGAACGGAGCUAAAAGAACAAAAGAUCGUUAUCCGAAGUGUUCAACGGUUUAUUUCUCUUAAAAACUUAGUUAAUACACUGGAAGGGGAAUCUGCUCUCAAGGUUGACAAACCGGCUAAUAAAAGUUUAGGAUAUCUGAACUAAAACCCAACUUUCCGAAUAAAAUACACCUCAACACUGGCGUAUCUAAAAACUUGAGCAACUGAUUAAGGUUCAUGACGAUUCCAUAGCAGUCAUGAGUCUAAAAUACUUCUCCGACUCCUCAAUCAUUCUGCAGUACAAUAACGACAGGGAGCUUUAAUAUUUAUGAGCUAAAAUGCUUAAACUUCUCAAAACUGAAAUAUAAACGGUCAUGCCAGCUACUCGAGAGAAGCGUAUCAAGAUUGUAUAACGUCCACUAAUGCUAGUGACACAGAGGAUAUUUUUCUGACCAGUCAUUUAUUGGAAUCUGAGAGUAAUCUGCGGAUUUAGUCAGAUAAACCAUAUUUAGAGCUCAUUUCAGUCAAGAGUAUCCUAAAGAAGUCUAGCAAAAGAAACAUCAUGGUGCUAGUUAUGCCAGAAUACACGGACUUAGAGUAUGAAGUCUAUGAUAUCCAAAGGUGGAGGUUUAAUAAGGCAGCUUCUGAAGCUUAAAGGUAUAUUUUCUCAAUAAGUAGUAAAACUGUCCAAGAAGAACAAGGGUACUAGAAUCAGAUUAAUAAAGAUAAUCUUCACCCCUUCCAGAAAGGUCUGAAAAUUCAGUUUUAAUUCAAUGUGAUAAUUACUCAGUAUGGUAUUUGUUUUCUUACCAAAGCACGACAUCUUAUUCUGUAUAACAUACGAUAUUAUUGCCUUAAAUUUACACGAACUAUACUCAGCAUAUGAUUUGUUACAUCUAAGCAUUUUUCAUAUAUGUGAUUUAUUCUAAUUAUUAGUCAAACAUGGGUGUAUGAAUCAAUAUACAAAUGAGUGUAUUUCCGAUUAGACUCGUCGUGGUUGUUCGUACUUCUGGGUGCCUGUGGAAUAUAUUUCCCUCUUCUGAACUUGGAUUUAUUUCUCUAGUUAGCGGAGGUGGGACGCGUCUGAGUAGCUAGCUUAUCUGUUGUUGUGUCACAGGGUCUUCGUCGCGUUAUCAGACUAGGUGAACUUGUAACAGCUCAGGUUGGUUGGUUAAGAGUUGACCCCAAACAACCAAGCUUAUGCCGAAACAGUAUUGUUCAAGUAUUCAUUCACUUCCUUAUUUUUUAUAAGCGUUAUAUUCCCUAUUAUCUUGAAUGUUGAGAGCCUUUGUUUGUCUGAACAGAUAAUCCCACGCUCCACUGUGACUGCGCGAAGAUCGAAAUAAAGACAUAUUCACUACUUCUCUGGUUUCUUCUAUCAAUAGCACGAGGGUUACCUUAAGGCACGAAAUUGGUGAGCCCUUUUGAACACAAAUUUAACCUCAUUUCUGUUAUUAACAUUUUUUUUUACUCAAUCGUAAAAGUAGACCUGAUUAUCCGUAAACUAAUUUGAGUAUAUAACUAGUUUAUUCCGUAUUAUCUUAAGUUAUUCGUGUCAUAGUAACCACUUUUUAUGCUAACUUUAUUGCUAUAUUUGUCACAUACCUCAUGUCAGACUCAAUAGAAACCCAUAAUCUGGAGGAUUUGUCACCAGUGGAGAUAGACACUGUUAUGACUACGAAAUCCCGACUUCCAGAAUUUGAUCGUAGUGAUCCUGAGUUGUGGUUUGCUCAACUAGAGCAUUAUUUUACGAGACACAAUAUCAAAUCUGAAGGGAUUCGCUAUAGAGACUUGUGUUCUAUCCUUCCUCCUUCAGUCGCCAAAGAAGUCCGUGACUUGAUUUUAAGUCCACCAUCACCACAACCAUACACCAUCUUAAGACGAGAGAUAAUGAAC